AUGUACGCGCUGCGCUCUCUUCUGCUUCUGCUGUUGCCCCUCUGUCCCGGUCCUGGUCCUGGACCCGGUAUCGAGGCAAAGGUCACCCGGAGUUGCACUGAGACCCGGCAGAUUCUGGGGGCCCGGGGAUAUAGCUUAAGCGUACUCCCUCCCGCCCUGAUCUCAGGUGAACACCUCCGGAUUUGUCCCCAGGAGUACACUUGCUGUUCCAGUGAGAUAGAGCAGAGGCUGACCUGGGAAACUGAGGCCACCUUCCGAGGCCUGGUGGAGGAGAAUGGUUCCUUCUUGGUUCACACACUGGCUGCCCGACACAGAAAAUUUGAUGAGGUUUUCCGGGAGAUGCUCUCCUCAGCCGAGCACUCCCUGUCCACGCUCUCCCACCGCUCCUUCGGCCGCCUGUAUGCCCAGCACACCCCCUUGUUCAGUGGUCUGUUCUCUCGGCUACGGGACUACUAUGAGAGGUCCGGUGAGGGGUUAGAUGAUGCGUUGGUGGAUUUCUGGGCUCAGCUCCUGGAGAAAAUGUUCCCCCUGCUGCACCCACAGUACAUCUUCUCCCCCGACUACCUGUUCUGCCUCACACGCCUGGCCUCUUCUGCUGAUGACUCUCUGAAGCCUUUUGGGGACUCACCCCGCCGCCUCCGCCUGCAGAUAACCCGGGCCCUGGUGGCGGCCCGGGCCUUUGUCCAAGGCCUGGAGAUUGGAAGAAAUGUGGUCAGCGAAACACUUAAGAUGCCGCUGUCCGAAGGCUGCAAGCGGGCUGUGAUGCGUCUGACAGGCUGCCCCCUUUGCCGGGGGGUCCCCUCGCUGCCACCCUGCCGGGGCUUCUGCCUCAACGUGGCCUAUGGCUGUAUCGGCAGCCAAGGACUGGAUCCUGACUGGGGGCCCUAUCUGGAUGGUCUCCUGUUCCUAGCCGACAAGAUCCAAGGCCCCUUUUCUUUUGAGCUGGCAGCCCAGUCCAUCGGGGUGAAGAUCUCAGAAGGCUUGAUGCAUUUGCAGGAGAACAGUGUAGGGGUGUCAGCCCAGGUAUUCCAGGAAUGCGGGAGCCCCCAGCCAGCGCGGGCUCGCGCCCGCCGUGCCCCAGCCCCAAGGGAGGAGGUGGGUCGCUUCUGGUCCGCGGCGGCGGCGGAGGAGGAGCGGCCGACGACGGCUGCAGGCGCCAGCCUACCCCGGCUGGUGUGGGAGCUCCGCGAGCGUCUGGGCCGGGUGAGGGGCAUCUGGGCCGGGCUGCCCCAGACUGUGUGCGGGGACCCCCGCGUGGCGGCGGACCUCUCGCAGGAGGCGGCGCCUUGCUGGACCGGAGCUGGACCAGGCCGGUACUUGUCGCCCGUGGUCGGCUUCCAGGCCGGGAAGCUCGACAACCCAGAGCUGGAUGCAGAAGCCUCAAGCCCCGACCUCCAGACGCGGAGGCGGCGGCUGCAGCUCCGAGCCACCACGACCAGGAUGAAAGCGGCCGCCCUGGGACGCGACCUGGAGCUGGAAGACUGGGAGGACGCUAGCGGCUCUGGAGAGGGACAACACUAUGCAGAUGACUGGAUGGCUGGCGCAGCAGCUGUGGCCCCCCCAGCGAGAGCUCCGCGCCCUCCUCGAAGGGAAGGUGCCGGGGGCAAAGGAGGAGGUGUCAUUAUCCGCCACAGCCAGGACCGAACCAGGACUGGAGGGACGUCUGUUGGUUUUCACACACAACCCCUCCUCAUUCUCUUCCUCUUAGCCCUAGCCCUGCUUGGACCUCGAUAA